CUUCCAGUGCGCAUCUUCUUAAUCCCAUUGACUACUGCGGCAUCACCUGCGAAUUCCAACUGCUUCACAAGUUUCCUCUAUUCAAGUUCCUCCGGUCAGCCCGAUGGCCACCCCGAAGUCGCUCAGUCUGGCUGAUUCUAGCGCCUCACGAUCGAUGGCUUCUAUGAGACAAUUGACUUCUCCUGUGCCACGCCGAUCAGUCGACGAAGAAGAUGACAUCGCGAUCAAGCUGAGCGUCCAUUUCGAGAAAGUUUUGCAAGACCUCGGCGAAGACACAACCCGCCAAGGUCUUGUCAAGACACCUCUUCGCGCGGCGAAAGCGCUCAUGCAUUUCACGAAAGGUUACAACGAGACCGUCAGGGAGGUUGUUGGCGGAGGGAUUUUCGUUGAAAACACCGAUGAAAUGGUGAUAGUCAAGGACAUUGAGAUUUUCUCGUUAUGCGAGCACCACUUAGUGCCAUUUUUUGGCAAGAUAUCCAUAGGCUAUCUGCCAAAUAAGCGGGUGCUGGGACUCAGCAAGAUAGCCAGAAUUUGUGAAAUUUACGCCCGACGUUUACAAUUGCAAGAGAGGCUGACGAAGCAGAUCGCUAUCGCCAUUGAGGAAGCUAUAUCCCCCACCGGAGUCGGUGUCGUUGUCGAGUGCACGCACAUGUGCAUGGUUAUGCGAGGGGUGCAGAAAAUCAACUCCCGCACAAUUACGUCCACAAUGCUCGGAUACUUCAGAGAAGAUCCUAAAACGCGGGACGAAUUCUUGACGCUGACGGGUAGCGGGAAAAAUCGGUCGCUGUAGAAUGUUCAUCGAGUUCGGAAAGAGCACGGAAUUUUCCUCGCUGCCGCGCUACUGCUGCUAAAUGUUUACCGCAUCUCCCCAAACGCACGCGAGAAUCAGCCGCGCGAAAGCUUGCAUUAAUAUUCACUUCGGAUUCUCCUUGAUCAUCCGAUCUCCGAAAAGUCCCUGCAACGAAGAGGAGUGACGACGGGAUUCCUCUGUUCAUGUUCUCUUGUUCCCGCAUCGAUGGCCGUAUGCGUCGGAGCAAUGUCCGGCUGCGAAACCACCAUAUUCGACGGCUUGGUGCAUACAUAGGUUGAGAGAGCAAAGAGAAUGGAAAGGCCAUUGAUGGUUCUUCUUCAUCCACAUCAGUGUGAUGCCCGGUUGCUUCUGCUUUCGUGAUGCUCGGUGUAUGCUGAAGCCGAUACGCUCCCAGCUUCAGGCACACUCUGCAUCCUCUCGUGGCUCCAUGUCGCCCGGAUUUCGAUGUUCGAUUGCCAGAAAUGCGAGAAGUCCAUCA